AUGAGGGCCAAGCGAUCCAAGAAGUACCGCAAGCUCAUGCAUCAAUAUGAGCUGGCUUUCAGUUUCCGUGAGCCGUACCAAGUGCUCGUUGACUCGAAUUUGCUUCGCGCAGUACAUUCAUUCAAAAUGGAUUUAAUACCCGCUUUGGAGAGAACACUACAGGGACAAGUCAAGCCAUUAUUAACGAAAUGCUCCCUCGCAUCAAUAAUGGCUGGCCAACCUACCCACCCACGGACCAACAAUACCGUUCGCCCAGAGUUCCUCCCCCCACCAACGACCCUCCCGCUCCGACACUGCUCGCAUAAUGAAGACUCCACGCCCAUCGAUGAAGCGAGCUGCCUCCUCUCCCUCCUCUCGCCGCAUUCCGAUAUCAAGCGGAAUAAAGAACAUUACAUCCUCGCCACGGCUGACCCUCCGGCGCCGAAGUCAAAUUCGACACAACAAGAGGCAGCAGGCAAGAAGCGCAAGCGGGAUGGAGACGAGGCAUUCCAGGCUUUGAAACGUGCACAGGGGCUCCGGCGAGGCGCGCGCUCGAUCCCUGGUGUGCCAAUUGUGUAUGUGAAGCGGUCUGUGAUGAUUCUGGAGCCGAUGAGUGCGCCGUCUGAUGGGAUUAGAGAGGGGCUGGAGCAGGAUAAGUUCCGGGUUGGACUGAAUAAUCCUGAGAAGCGGAAGAGUGAGGAUGGUGGGGAAAAGAAGAAGAAGAGGGAGCUGAAGAAGGUUAAGGGUCCGAACCCGUUGAGUGUGAAGAAGCCGAAGAAGAAGGCGGAGGAUCAGCCUAGCUCAAAGAGGGAGAGGACGGGCGAUGAGGGAGAGAAGCGGGAUGCUUCUGAUAAGCCUGCGGAGGAUGGGGAGGCUGGCCCGAAGGUGAAGAGGAGACGGCGGCAUCAUAAGGGUGCGAGGCAGGGUGAGGCAGGUGAAGACGGAGGCGAGGCGGUAGCUACGGCCCCGGUUGAAUCUGGUGAUGACUAG